CUCAGAUUAUAAACACCAGCCAGCUUUUCCCCAUCUCCGCCCAGUACUCACCAUCCCCACCUUUUCCCUUUCCAUGGAUGCUGCAGCAACACUCUUCCUUUUUCUCAUCUUCCUACUACUUCAAUCACAAAAACUGCACUCCUUCAGCUGUGAUUUCAACUCCACCAGGCACCACCAUCAGCACAACCAGGUAAGCCCGACUGGCCGGCGAGUGAUCAUCGUUGACGCCAAUGGCUCCGGCGACUUCCUUUCAGUUCAGGAUGCCGUAGAUUCAAUACCAGAGAACAACACCAAGCACUUCAUCCUGCAGAUCAACCCUGGCUACUACAUAGAGAAGGUGGUGGUUCCGGCGACGAAGCCUUAUAUCACGUUUCAGGGAUCUGGAAAAGAGAAGACAGUGAUAGAGUGGCACGACAGAGCCAGCGACCGAGGUCCCAAUGGCCAGCAGCUCAGGACUUAUCAUACAGCUUCAGUAACUGUAUUUGCUAAUUAUUUCAUUGCUAGGAAUAUUAGCUUCAAGAACUCGGCGCCUGCACCAUUACCUGGAAUGGAAGGAUGGCAAGCUGCAGCAUUCCGCAUCUCCGGCGACAAGGCCUACUUCUUCGGCUGUGGUUUCUACGGAGCUCAGGAUACCCUCUGCGAUGAUGCAGGCCGGCAUUACUUCAAGGACUGUUACAUAGAAGGAUCCAUAGACUUCAUAUUUGGCAAUGGAAGAUCAAUGUACAAGAAUUGCUGGCUGCACUCAAUUGCAAGCAGGUUUGGGUCGAUCGCUGCACAGGAUAGGCAUUCGCCGUGCGAGCAAACUGGAUUUGCUUUUGUCAACUGUAGAGUGACCGGCACGGGGAAGCUGUAUGUGGGGAGAGCAAUGGGACAGUACUCAAGGAUUGUUUUUGCCUACACCUACUUUGAGGAUGUUGUUGCAGAGGGUGGAUGGGACGAUUGGGAUCACAAUGAUAGCAAGAAAAAUACUGCGUACUUUGGGAGCUACAGAUGCUGGGGUCCUGGUGCAGUGUAUGUGCGAAGUGCUUCGUGGGCGCGAGAACUUGAUUACAAAGCAGCUCGGCCAUUCCUAGUAAAGAGCUUUGUCAAUGGAAGGCAUUGGCUCGGCCCUAGGGAUGCCUAAACAGGAGUUUGAUGAGGAGACCUACUUGUAUGUUUAUCAGAGAUUCAUUUUUUUUCAGAGAAAAUAUUG